AUGUCCGCCACGCGUGGCAAUGGGGAGCACUGGAAGUCCCUGGAGUCGGUGGGCAUCAGCCGGAAGGAGCUGGCGUUGGCGGAGGCUCUGCAGAUGGAGUACGACGCGCUGUCCCGCCUGCGGCAGGACAAGGAGGAGAGCCAGGCCAAGCAGCGGGGAGACCAGCCUCUCAUCUCCUGGGACGACCCCGCCGAGAGGAACGGCUGUGCCGGCAUCAAAGCGGCACGUGGCCUCUCCGGCUCCGACCCCACGCUCAGCUACAACAUCCCGGUGGUGCCCGAGGGUCCUCCCACCCCCGGACUCCCCCAUGGUCCCAGCCCCCCCCAGCCAGACCCCCAGCCCUGGCUGAAGGGACCCCUGGCCGGGGACUACCUGUACAUCUUCGAGGGGUCAGGGGGAGACUUCCUCGGGGAGCCACUCAACGGCACCUCGCCCCAUGACGGCGGGGGCGGCUCCCCCAAAAAGCUCUCGCCACCCCCGCUGCCCCCCCGGCACCCCCUCUGGAGCUCACCCGAGGGGAACCAGCGCUCGGGGAAGGGAUCCCCCCCGUCCUCCAAAGGACCCCAGCCCAGGGACAUCAACAUGUUCUCGGCGGCCCAUGAGCGGGCUCACGGCAAGCUGCUCGGCCGCCGCAUCUCCGAGGAGGACCCGUACGGCAUCGCUGACUACAGUGGCAUCAACGAUGCCAUCACCUGCCUCAACCUGAAGUCCACCUACGAGUCAGAAGUGCUGCGGGAAGCUGCCCGCGGCUGGAAGGAGGGCAGGAGCAUCUUCGAGAAGGAAUCGAGUGGCAAGCCGGUGGCACGGAGCAAGACCAUGCCCCCCCAGGUGCCACCGCGGACAUACGUCUCCCGCUUUGGCAAUCGGAAGAAUCUGGCACCGAACAAGAACCGCAGGAUCUCCAUCGACCCGGUUGCCCCCCGGCCGCACUCCUUCGCCAAUGGCUACGAGCUCUUCGAAGUCUCCGAGGAGCGGGAUGAGGAGGUGGCUGCUUUCUGCCACAUGCUGGACGUGCUGCGGUCUGGCUACAGCACCAAGGACUAUUCCCUCACCGGCUUGGUGUGGAGCGCCGUCAACCUCAGCCCCGAGCAGCUGGGUCACGGCGUCAGCCUGAAGGUGACGGUGGUGUGUGACAGCCUGCGGGAGCCCCUCACCUUCACCUGCGACUGCUCCUCCACCGUGGACCUGCUCAUCUACCAGGCGCUGUGCUACACGCACGACGAGCUGCACACCAUCGACGUCGAGGACUUCGUGCUCAAGAUCUGCGGCUUGGAGGAGUUCCUGCAGAACAAGCACGCGCUGGGCAGCCACGAGUACAUCCAGCACUGCAGGAAGUUUGACAUCGACAUCCGCCUGCAGCUGAUGAAGAGGAAGGGGGUGCGCAACGACCUGGCCCGGACGGCCAAUGAUGACCAGAGCCCCUCCACCCUCAACCACUACAUCCACCUGCAGGAGAGGCCCAUCAAGCAGACCAUCAGCAGGCAGGCCCUGAGUCUUCUCUUCGACACCUUCCACAAUGAGGUGGAUGCUUUCCUGGCAGCCGAGGGAGAUUUCCCGCUGAAGGCAGAGCGGGUGAUCCAGUCGGUCAUGGCCAUCUGCAACGCCCUGGCUGCCGUGGAGUCCCAGGAGAUCACGGCAGCCCUCAACCAGAUGCCCCCCUGCCCCUCCCGCAUGCAGCCCAAAAUCCAGAAGGAUCCAAAUGUUCUGGCCAAGAGGGAAAAUCGAGAGAGGAUCGUGGAGAGCCUGACGGCCGCCAUCCUCGACCUGGUUGAGCUCUACUGCAGCACCUUCAAUGCCGACUUCCAGACGGCCGUGCACGGGAGCCGGGAGCACGGCGUGGUGCAGGAGGCUCGCCUGCUCUCCUGCCCGCUCUCCUUCACUGUCUACGCCACCCACCGCAUCCCCAUCACCUGGGCUGCCAGCUAUGAAGAUUUCUACCUCUCCUGCUCCCUCAGCCAUGGCGGCAAGGAGCUGUGCAGCCCCCUCCUCACCAGGAAAGCCCACGUCUACAAAUACCUCUUCCACCUCAUCAUAUGGGACCAGCAGAUCUGCUUCCCCGUCCAGGUGAACCGUCUGCCACGGGAGACGCUGCUCAGUGUCACGCUCUUCGCCGUGCCCAUCCCGCCCCCCGGGAGCUCCUCCGACGCCAACAAGCAGCGACGGGUCCCCGAGGCCCUGGGCUGGGUGACCACCCCUCUCUUCAACUUCAGGCAGGUCCUGACCUGUGGGCGAAAGCUCCUGGGCUUGUGGCCGGCGACCCAGGACAACUCCAGAGCCAGGUCCAGUGCCCCCAACUUCAACCAGCCCGACAGCGUCAUCCUGCAGAUCGACUUCCCCACCUCCGCCUUCGAGGUGAAGUUCACCAGCCCACCAGCGGCCGAAUUCAGCCCCAAGUACGAGUUCGGUAGUCUGGGGGAGGAGGACCAGCGCAAGCUGCGGGAGGCGAUGCAAAAGAAAUCGCUCUACUGGCUGAUGGACGCCGACCGCAAGCGGCUGUGGGAGAAGCGCUACUACUGCCACGCGGCGCCCGGCGCCCUGCCCAUGCUGCUGGCCAGCGCGCCCAGCUGGGAGUGGGCCUGCCUGCCCGACAUCUACGCCCUGCUCAGCCAGUGGACCUACAUGAGCCACCAGGAUGCCCUGGGGCUUCUGCACGCCACGUUCCCGGACCAGGAGGUGAGGAGGACGGCCGUGCAGUGGAUCGACUCCAUCUCCGACACCGAGCUGCUGGACUACCUGCCCCAGCUGGUUCAGGCCCUGAAGUACGAGUGCUACCUGGACAGCCCGCUGGUGCGCUUCCUCAUGAAGCGAGCGAUCUGCGACCUGAAGAUCACUCACUACUUCUUCUGGCUGCUGAAGGACGGCCUCAAGGACUCCCAGUUCAGUAUCCGCUACCAGUACCUGCUGGCAGCUCUGCUCUGCUGCUGCGGGAAGGGGCUGCGGGAGGAGUUUGACCGGCAGUGCCUGCUCGUCAGCACGCUGGCCAGGCUGGCCCAGCAAGUGCGGGAUGCCGCCCCGUCCGCACGCCAGGGCAUCCUCCGCGAGGGGCUGGAGGAUGUGAAGCAGUUCUUCAAGGCGAACGGGUCGUGCCGGCUGCCGCUCAGCCCCAGCCUGCUGGUGAAGGGCAUCGUGCCCCGGGACUGCUCCUAUUUCAACUCCAACGCCGUCCCCCUGAAGCUCUCCUUCCAGAACGUUGAUCCCCUCGGGGAAAACAUCCGAGUCAUUUUCAAGUGUGGCGACGACCUGCGGCAGGACAUGCUGACGCUGCAGAUGAUCCGGAUCAUGAACAAAAUCUGGGUGCAGGAGGGGCUGGACAUGCGCAUGGUCAUCUUCCGCUGCUUCUCCACCGGCCGCGGACGAGGCAUGGUGGAGAUGAUCCCCAACGCCGAGACCCUACGCAAAAUCCAGGUGGAGCACGGCGUGACGGGCUCUUUCAAAGACCGGCCGCUGGCAGACUGGCUGCAGAAACACAACCCUGAGGAGGAUGAGUAUGAGAAGGCUGUGGAAAACUUCAUCUACUCCUGCGCUGGCUGCUGUGUGGCCACCUACGUGCUGGGGAUCUGCGACCGGCACAAUGACAACAUCAUGCUCAAGACCACUGGCCACAUGUUUCACAUCGACUUCGGCAGGUUCCUGGGCCACGCGCAGAUGUUCGGCAACAUCAAGAGGGACCGGGCACCAUUCGUCUUCACUUCAGACAUGGCGUACGUCAUCAACGGGGGGGACAAGCCCUCCAGCCGCUUCCACGACUUCGUCGACCUGUGCUGCCAGGCCUACAACCUGAUCCGCAAGCACACCCACCUCUUCCUCAACCUGCUGGGGCUGAUGCUGUCCUGUGGCAUCCCCGAGCUCUCCGACCUGGAGGACCUCAAGUACGUCUACGAUGCCCUGAGGCCACAGGACUCUGAUGCCGAUGCCACCACCUACUUCACCAGGUUGAUCGAGUCCAGCCUGGGCAGCGUCGCCACCAAGCUCAACUUCUUCAUCCACAACCUGGCGCAGAUGAAGUUCACGGGCUCCGACGCCCGCCCGACCCUCUCCUUCGCCCCUCGCACGCACACCAUCAAGACGUCCGGCCGGAUCCGCGAUGUCUUCCUCUGCCGCCACGAGAGGGUCUUCAACCCCAGCAAGGGCUACACCUACGUGGUGAAGGUGCAGCGGGAGAGCCCGGGCGAGGUGGCCUUUGUGCAGCGCACCUUUGAGGAGUUCCAGGAGCUGCACAACAAGCUGCGCCUGCUCUUCCCCUCCUCACUGCUGCCCAGCUUCCCCAGCAGGUUCGUCAUCGGGCGGUCACGGGGCGAAGCGGUGGCCGAGCGGCGGAAGGAGGAGUUGAACGGCUACAUCUGGCACCUCAUCCAUGCAGCUCCCGAGGUGGCGGAGUGCGACCUCAUCUACACCUUCUUCCACCCUCUGCCACGGGACGAGAAGGCGGCUGGCACCAACCCGACCCCGAAGCCGGCAGAUGCCACGUGGGCUCGGCCCCUGGGGAAGGUUGGCGGGGAGGUGAAGCUCUCCAUCUCCUACAAGAACAACAAGCUCUUCAUCAUGGUGAUGCACAUCCGGGGGCUGCCGCCGCUGCAGGAUGGCAAUGACCCUGACCCCUACGUCAAGACCUACCUGCUGCCUGACCCCCAAAAAACAACCAAGAGGAAAACCAAAGUGGCCCGAAAAACCUGCAACCCCACCUACAAUGAGAUGCUGGUCUACGACGGGAUCCCCAGGGGGGACCUGCAGCAGCGGGAGCUGCGCCUGAGCGUGCUGAGCGAGGAAGGCUUCUGGGAGAACAUCCUCCUCGGGGAGGUCGGCAUCCGCCUGCGGGACCUCGACCUGGCCCAGGAGAAGAUGGGCUGGUUCGCCCUGGGAUCCCGUGGCCACGGCACCCUCUGAGGUCCCACUGCCAGGGCUGGGGACCCACAGCACUGCCAUCGCGGCUCUGCCUGCCCUGGGAUGUGCCCAUAGGGACUGGGCACCGAUGGGCGCUGCCGCAGGCGUCUUCUUUUUUAAGUUUACCUUGUGUCAAGGGAGCAAUGUGGGGAGGG